AUUACACAUCGAGCAAACGUUUCGUGAGAGUGUUAAAAGUGUAACUAGAACGCUCGCUCAAAAUCAAUCAAUGUUCUCCUACGCUGCGCACAGGCAACCAAAAUUGACAAUUCGCUGCUUUACACUGGUUUAUUUACGUUAUUUAUUUGUUUAUAAACAAACAUAAACAUGCAAAUUGAGUGAGAUUAAGAAUUCUAAAAGAUGAAUAUCAUGAGGAAACUGAGAGGCGGAAUGGCCAGCGCGGCGUCCGCCUCCACUGAAUCCACCGACGGCCCUCCAGACUCUCCCCACACCCAAUUAGGGCUGCAACAUUUGAAGAAACUCUUUUCAGAAUACACACACCCAUCGCAUCCGCUCAGCGAUGCCGAAAAAGACGAUAAACUCUACAACAUGUUACCCUUAUUCUGCAAGGUUUUUGGAUCUAGUCGAAGUUGUGAUAUGAAUGAGAAAUUCUGGGACAUUCUCGCGUUUUGCCAUCAAGUUUCGCUGCUCAUGGUGAACGAAAUCCGUAAACGUGCGUCGAAUCAAAGCACCGAGACCGCAAGUUGUGCGAUUACGAAAUUCCUCGAGAUUGAGAACUGUGAAGAAAGCAGUAAUGGCUGGAUGUUGUUAAGUACAUUAAAUUUAUUAGCAGCUGGAGAUUCGACGUUAGUACAAGUCAUGUCCGAAGUGUCUGUACCUAGCACGCUGGUCAAGUGUUUGUAUCUAUUUUUUGACUUGCCAGAGGUCAACGAAGAGGACGCCAAUAAAAAAGACACAAACAGUGAUUUUACGCCACGAGAACGACGUAUUCUUCUGCAGAAAAUAUUCGUACAGUUGUUAAUAAGAUUAUGCAGUCAUCGGAAACCAGCUGAGGAAUUAGCGAGAAAAGACGAUCUGACGUUGCUUUUCUUAGCGAUAACGUCGCAAUGCCCACAGCAUAACAUCAUGUGGCGUAAAAGUGCCGCCGAGGUGUUGAUGACACUCUCCAGGCACGGCUUAUCACCACCAGUCGUCAGCUACAUUCAUUCGAAACGGUGCGUCGGUGUGUGUAUGGACAAUAUGCAACGGAUGCCCGAUGUGGCACCGUUGGAAUUGGUCGAGAUGUUCGCGACAGUCUUUUGUUUCCUCAAGGAUUCAAGCGAUGUGAGUGCCACGCUGCUUGAUGACUUCCGGCAAGCGCAGAGUUAUCUCUUCCUUAGCGAUUUCCUGCUUAAACUUGAGAAUGAAAAGUCACCCGAUGCACAAGAAUCGAUUCGCAAUCUUGUGCUUAUGGUGACAUCGCUCUGUAUGUGUGGAUUUAUGGAACUGAAACCUUCACAAGCCUCGACGAGUAGUCUGUUUCAAAUGCAAGGAUUCUCACUUCCACAACCCUCGGGACGUGGGAUAAGCGUGCGGAAUAUUCAAGCAUUCCACGUUUUACAAAAUACUUUCCUCAAAUCAACGUCGCCGAUACUCUGCGGGACGAUUCUGGACGCCAUUAGCAGUGUGUAUCACUCAGACAACGCGAAUUAUUUCAUCCUCGAGAAUCAAAACACGCUCAGUCAAUUUAUAGAAAAAGUACAUCACAAACCACCCGAGAUUCAAUUGAAGUUAUUCGAAUUGAUUGAGUUUCUAGUGUUUGAAUUGAAUUUUGUACCGUGCAAGGAACUAAUAUCAAUGUCGAUCUUUCUGAAGACACACAGUACGAAUUAUGCGGAUUGUAGCAUUAAAUGUGUGCAGACGUUGAUCAAUGUGUUGAAGCACAAUGUGAUAUUCAAGGAUGUUUAUCGAGAAGUCGGUAUGUUGGAGGUGUUUGUCACUUGUUUGAAUCAAUACGCCAAUCUUUUGGAAGCCAGACGCAUUGCACAGGAGAAAAAUAAAGACUUUCACAUUCCGAAUGGUCAGGAAAAACUAGGUAGCAUGGUUAUUGAGACUUUAACGAUGCUUCUAGCCGGAAAUCAAGCAAAUGCGAAUGUUUUGCGUGAAUGUGGAGGUGCGAAAUGUGUCCAUGGACUUGUAAAUUACAUUGAAUGUCGACAAAGUGCUUUGGGAAUAAUAAAAGAAUUAGUAUUGACGAACGGAGGUGACGAUGACAUGUCGCAACUGUUAUCUACACUUCAUUCCGCUCCAAGGGAUCAGUUACAGGUGAAAAUCGAUAUCCUAAGAGCACUGCUUCUCUGUCUGCGUGAAUCACACCGGACGCGGACCGUUUUCCGCAAGGUGAAUGGUUUCAUCUACGUCACGAGUGUCCUCGUCGCUUUGGAGAACAAACUACAUGAAAACAAUCUGCCGAUUGAGAUACCAACACUUUUGAGUGUUGUGUUUUACACUAUCAGCACAGCGAUGAGGUUCGAACCGGCGAAUGCAAAGUUUUUCCAUCAUGAAAUCUGCAAUACGACGCUUUGUGAUACACUCAGACUACUCGGUUGUUUUACAAUUGAAAAAGUUGAACAACUCGAUGAAAUUCAUGAGGGAACUUCAUGCUCAGGUCCACCCGAGUUGAAACUACAGGAUGUUUUUCAUAACAUCUUCAUAGGAAAUGUUUUAAACCCACAGAUUCCUGAUGAUACUCCUGCUAAUUUGGGACAUGUUGCUGUUGUUUAUCGAUUGUUGUACGAUGUAGCUUUGGAUCUCUUCGAUAAACCUCACAUAAACGCUGGUCAAUUGACAAAAUCACCUUCGUUAUCACGUCAGCCAUCAACCGAACCGAAUAUCAACAACUGCGGCAAACGAUCAGCAGUAAACUCACUCAAUCUGAACCCACCUACACCGGACCCGAUAAUUGUACAUCCCGGAGUUGUAGUCGCCAUGUUACAACUUCUCCCGUGCAUAAAAAGCGUGGAUGUACAACAUACUCUAGCACUACAGUUUUAUGUCGCUGAGAUUAUCAAAUCUUUGGUGCGCAGUGAACGAAAUCAACAGAUAAUGUGCGAUAGUGGUUUUGUUUCGACCCUGUUGACCAUUGGAUCAGCUCCACUUCAGAAUGAAGACCACCCACUGCACAGCCCCCUGCAAUACAUGUUGGAACGUUUGGCUGCGCAGGCAUUAGAACCGAUUGAUUUAAGAAAGUUUUUGAGACUUGGUAGUCCUUUGAAUUGCAUUCCAUUGGAAUCGAGUGAUGCUGGAGGUGGUCCAGUGCCACUAACAAGAAUCAAAACGAUUGUAUCCAUGACAACCCCGAAGGAUUUCCGAGCGCAGAGUAUCUGUACACUUCCGCCAUUCGUGGAGUUUGAUAUGAGCGCCGAGGGUUUCGGAUGUUUGUAUUUACCCAGUAUUGCACCUCAAUCAUUGAAUACACCGAGUGUUGUUAGUAUUGAUAACACAGUCCUGGGAGGAAUCGGGGCUGGGGAUAGAAUAUUCCCACCACAGACUGGUUUAUCCUUUUCAAGCUGGAUCUGUGUGGAUAAAUUUUCAGAUCCCCGGACGGAUCCUCAUUGUGUUAGAUUGUUAACCUUAGUGAGGAAUUUAAAUAGUACCAGGGAUGAUCACCUGGUGUGUUUGUCAAUUGUUUUAUCAGCUAGGGAUAAAGCUAUUAUUGUCUCCACUCAGGAAACCCACAUUCCAAACCGUAAGUUAUCAGAAAAUAUCAAAACAAAUUUUUAAAUUUUAUUUUGUUUUUGUUUAGAAAUAGGUGAAUGGGAACCAGAAGGUACCGGAGAAUAUGGCGCCCGUGUCUGGUGUCCAGAUAUCCUCCAAGAAGGACAAUGGCACCACCUGGUUGUAGUUCUAAACCGCGCAGUAUUAAAAAACUCUUCAUUCAGUCUAUACCUGGAUGGCCAACACAUGCACACACAAAAACUACACUAUAUCUCACAGAAUCCAGGUGGGGGUAGUGCUAAUUUAACAGUAGCAUCUUCAAUUUACGGAUUCAUUGGUACACCACCCGCAUGGCGGCGAUAUUCAAAACUCUGCUGGAAACAGGGACCAUGUCAUCUGUUAGAAGAAGUAUUAACCCCUACGAUUGUCCAUCACAUAUACCAACUAGGACCACAUUAUAUGGGCUCUUUCCAAGCACCGAAUAUUAAUACACCCACACUUGAACCAAUGCAACUUGUCAAUGAAGAGAAGGUUAUCUUCGGAUUGAAUGCAAAAGCAGUUAAUCAACUCACACUGAGCAAAAUCCGGAAGGUUUACAGUCGUACAGACAAUAAAUCCAUAGCGAAACAACUUGGAAUGUCAAGUCAUGAGAAUGCUACCCCUAUAAGAAUCUUACACAACAGUGCUGGACAUCUAGCAGGACCUUCUAGGUCUCUUGGAGGAGUGGUUAUAGGAUAUUUAGGGGUUCGAGUGUUUUGUCCCAGGCCGGUAGCAAGUGUAGUGAAUACCGUGGGAGGUUGUGCAGUUCUCCUGGGACUGAUAGCUAUGGCCCAAGAUGUGGAGACUUUAUACGCUGCUGUCAAAGCUCUGGUUUGUGUUGUACGGAGUAACAAAGCAGCACAAGGAGAAAUGGACCGUAAACGUGGUUAUCAAACCCUUGCGAUGUUAUUAAGACGUAAAAGACCCUUAUUAAACUCACAUAUACUUCACCUAGCAUUUAGUCUAGUGGGGACUGUUGAUAGUGGUCGGGAAACAUCCGCCAUACCGAAUUUAACAGCGUUCCAAGACCUUCUCUGUGACUUAGAAGUAUGGAGUGAAGCUCCUGGUGAGUUGUUAAGAUCUCAUUUGGAGCACCUACUAGAAUUAGCUACUGAAUCAAGUGAAAAACGUAAUAAUACUUGGAUAAUGCGUGAUUUACAACUGGUGACCAAAUUGUUACACAUAAUGCCGGAUGUUAAACAUGCCGCAACACGUCAGGUGUUGUUUUCGUUGCUUUCUGUCCUCCUAACUGGACAACCCAGACAAAUGGAUUUGUUAUUCAUGGGACAAUUCAUUGCUUCGACCUUACCAUCAAGUAAUACCUCAGAGAAACACCUUCAGUUGAUUGAAGGUGACACAGAAAGAGAAGGACAAGGUGAACAUAUCCUACUCAGAAAUCGUUGUUUGUCCCUGGUUCAUGCAUUGUUGUUCACCAAUCGCAACGCAGUGACUUUAAUGUUGUGUGAUGAACUCAGUAAAUGUCUGGGUUUUGAUUGGGUGUUACUAUUCCUCCAAAGUCACCUUCAUAGUACUACUGUUAUCUUGGGAAUGAGAAUAUUGGUAGUGAUGUGUUCUACACCUACGUUUUUGAAUAGAUUCAGAGAUGGUACCUUUAACGGAGGAUGGUUGAGAUUUACCGAUCAAGUCACACAGAAUAAAAUGUCGCUUAUGUUGGGAGGACCUAUUAAUUCUCACAACACAGAUUCUAAGUCUGAUACUCUACAGAUACCAGGUUUUCAGCAUUUAGGAUGGCUUUUACCACAACAUCUAGAAGUUCCGGAGAUUUACUUCCUUCUAACUGGUUUAAUGAUGGGUCAACCCGCGAGAUUGUUACCGGGUGAUACAAAAUUCGAUCUGGAUUCAGUUUGGGCCUUUUUAUGGGGUACGUCUGUGAAUAAUCAACCUGUGAGCAGUGUUGCACCUAAAGUCAACGUUUGUAUGGAUGCUGUUGUUGUUUUACUUGGUAUGGCACGUGCAAUAGUCCACAUGGAGAAUAGCGCCCUACCAGAUUGGUUAAAAAACCACUCUAUCAAUAUAAUCCAAGUGUUGUUUCAACUAUAUCACAAUUUACCAGAAUUCAUGCCGAUUUUUAUGUCUGCUGAAGUCCUGGGAGCUCUGGCAAGUGUACUAUUCCCAUCUCAAGCUAGCUCACAAGAAAGUACCUACAGUAGUGGGGCAUCCACACCAGGCGAAGAAAACGAAACAGUAUUUGUACCACAAUCACCAACUGAAGAGUUUAACCUAACUAAUCACCCAGCAAGACAAUUUAUAGUUGAUUUUAUCCGGGUGAUUGUUGUGGAUUCACUCAGUUUGAAUGUAACAGGAAAAACAUCACCUGUGAUUGAUUUAGUGUUAGAUGCCUACCCGGAAAAUGCUACAGUUGCACAGCAGAGUGCUUAUCAAACUGAAAUAUUGGUUACACUCAUGGAUCAUUUACUAGCUGCGGAUAUGCUAGUUGGUGAUCAAGCUGCAAUACCAAUCGUACCAUUAGCGAAUGCGCAUGUGCAACACGUGGCUCCAAAUGUUUUCUAUCUAACAGCACGGAUAGUAGACAAAUUGUGGCAGACAUCUUUGAAUAAAGACCCACAUGAAGUUUAUGAUUUCAUUAUAAAACUCAUUGGUCAAGCAAAGAGACACUCUGGAAAUAUUAUGUUUGAAUGUCUUUAUCAUUGUCUGAAUAGGAGUAUCUUGUUUUUGUUAUCAAGACCAUCGGAUAACAUUGCUGAUCAAAUGUCUGUGUUGGAAGCGUUGCACAAAUUGACCACACAUAGAUUGAUUGUUUUUGGAGCCGGGAAUCAUGAACUUGAUUUUGUGGGUUGUUUAACCUACUGUUUACUGCAGUUAACCUCGGAUAUGAAAAUCAUGUUGGAUUCCAAUAUGAAAACCACGUGGCAUGUUAAUCCCGGAACAGAUCUGGAGACUCAGGAUGAUAAUUUGAAUGCUCAUCAAGGGAGGAAUUUAAUGGCGGGUGCUGCGUUGAGAGUUUGGGAGGAGUUGUAUGUUUGUAAGAAACCUGCGAUUGAAGAAGUGUUUAAGAUAACACUGGUAUCACCUGCACAGGGAUGUAAAGCACCUGAUUUGACCACUGCAAGAGAACAGGUCCUGGAAGCAGCUACGAAAUUAUGGUUGAAUUAUGUUGAUGCAGAACGGAAGGCAACAUAUAGAGUCCCAUGGGAGUUGCAUAACCAGAUUCAGAGCAAGAUUCAUAAAGUCACAGGAGGUCUCACCAGAUUAGCUAGUAGAACCAAAGUAAGAAAAGAUGAAGUUUCUAGAGUUAGGGUGCGUGUGACCAAGGAGCAAGCAAUGACCUGGGGAUUGAGCCAUGUGAAUCUGGUCAAGGAAUUAGUGGAAAUCCGAAGGGGUCAACAUAUUAACACUACCCAACAUACUCAACGUUAUGUACACCAGGAAUGGUUACAAACAGAAACAGAGUUAACCAGGGAACGGGGUCUAUGGGGAUCACCUUUACCUUGUACCUAUGAUAAAUGGAUGUUGGACAUGACAGAAGGACCUCAUCGUAUGCGCAAGAAAAUGAUGAAAAAUGAAUUGUUUUAUCUACACUACCCCUUCAGACCUGAACAUGAAAAGGACCCGAAAUACAAAGUUGCUACAAGUCAUCAUAGCAAACUUCAUUAUCACGCUCUACAACAACGGAAUGUGAGUUGUGGGUUAGCUGAACCAGAGCGGUCUGAUAGUAUCACUGAAGAAUCCUCACCAUUACCCCUACAAGCUCUACCACAUUUAGCACGGCUGAAGUCAGAUCCCGAUGAUCAACAGGAUGAACCAGAGAAUGAAGAAGAGCAACCUGUACCAGACAAUCAAACCCUGUUGAGAUUGUUGCAGGAGAAUGAAAAAGUGACCUAUAUGUUCAGGUGUGCCCGCAUUCAAGGGCUGGACACCACUGAAGGUUUACUACUAUUCGGUCAGGAGCAUUGUUAUGUCGUAGAUGGUUUCACAUUGUUGAAAAGUCGUGAAAUACGUGACAUUGAAAGUGUCCCCCAGAAUGGGUACGAACCUAUUUUACCAAACCCUGGAUCUCCCAGAAGGUCAAGAGCUAUGAGACAUUGCUCUAAAUUUGCUUAUGAUGAUAUCCGGGAGGUUCACAAACGUCGUUAUCUUCUACAACCCAUGGCCCUGGAAGUAUUCUCAGGAGAUGGUCGUAAUUACCUUCUUGCAUUCCCCAGAAAAGUCCGGAAUAAGGUCUAUCAAAGAUUCAUGGCCACAGCAACGGGGAUCUCUGAUAGUGCUCAACAAUCAGUUGCGGGUCAGAAGCGUACAGCUAAUGUUGAACAAACCACGGGGAUAUUAUCAAACUUAAUUGGAGAAACUAGUGUUACCCAAAGAUGGGUCCGAGGAGAGAUUUCUAAUUUUCAGUAUCUCAUGCAUCUCAACACCCUCGCAGGAAGGUCCUAUAAUGACCUAAUGCAAUAUCCUGUGUUUCCAUGGAUCUUGGCUGACUACGACGCUGAAGAAUUAGAUCUAUCUGAUCCCUCCACAUUCAGAGACUUUACCAAACCUAUGGGGGCACAAAGCCAUGACAGAUUAGAUCAAUUCCGCAAAAGGUUCAAAGAAUGGGAUGACCCGCAUGGGGAAACGCCUCCUUAUCACUACGGCACGCACUAUUCAAGCGCCAUGAUUGUCUGUUCGUAUCUUGUAAGAAUGGAACCAUUCACCCAACAUUUUCUACGUCUACAAGGCGGCCAUUUUGAUUUGGCUGAUCGAAUGUUCCACAGUGUGAAAGAAGCGUGGAAUUCCGCAAGUCGUCACAAUAUGGCGGACGUAAAAGAACUCAUCCCGGAAUUCUUCUAUUUGCCUGAAUUUUUAGUCAAUUCCAACCACUUUGACCUCGGAUCCAAACAAAGUGGUGUCUUUUUGGGUGACACUGUUUUACCACCAUGGGCAAAACAAGAUCCUAGAGAGUUUAUUCGGGUACACAGAAUGGCGCUGGAAUGUGACUUUGUUUCACAGAAUCUACAUCAUUGGAUUGAUUUGAUUUUUGGGUACAAACAGAAUGGACAACCUGCUGUGGACAGUGUCAAUGUCUUUCAUCAUUUGUUCUAUGAAGGAAACGUUGAUAUUUACAAUAUUGAUGAUCCGUUGAAGAAGAACGCAACAAUUGGUUUUAUCAAUAAUUUCGGCCAGAUACCGAAACAAUUGUUUAAAACCACAUCCGUGUAAAAGAUGGGUGGGAACAACAACCGGACGUCGGUUAUUGAUACAGGUGCUCUGGUUCAGGCAUUUGCUUUACCCCAACCGGAAAGAUUAUUCUUUCAUCAUUUAGACAACCUACGGCCAUCUUUACAACCUAUAAAAGAAGUAAAAAGUCCUGUGGGACAAAUCCUCCACGUGGAUAAAUGUGUCCUGGCAGUGGAACAAAACAAAAUCCUCAUGCCCCCGAAUUACAACAAAUACGUCGCUUGGGGUUUCGCUGAUCAUUCCCUCCGCAUAGGCAACUAUGAUAGCGACAAAGCAGUUUUUGUAAGCGAGACAGUCGUUCAAAAUUCGGGGGAGAUUGUUGCCUGUGUCUGCCCUUCAUCAAAACUGAUAGUCACAGCAGGGACCAGUUCGGUAAUCACCAUCUGGGAGUAUGAUGUGCAAAAACAACUCAAGAUAAGAUUCAGUCUGUAUGCCCAUACGGAUGCCGUGACCUGUCUAGCUGCUAGCCCAGCAUACAAUGUAAUAGUUUCCGGUUCGGAUGGUACCGCCAUUGUAUGGGACUUGAGUCGUGGGAUGUUUGUAAGACAACUCCGAGGUCAUGCAGGACCUGUGGCGGCUGUGGCAGUAAAUGACCUUACAGGGGAUAUUGCUACCUGUGCAGCUACUUGGUUACAUGUCUGGAGUAUCAACGGUGAUGAAUUAGCAAGUGUGAAUACUUGUGUGGGUCGAGCUGAUCGAAUGCAACAGAUUCUAUGUGUGGCAUUUUCCCAGACACACGAAUGGGACGCGUCGAAUGUAAUCAUGACAGGGUCAACUGAUGGUGUGACCCGGAUGUGGUCAAUUGACUAUGUGCAAGUCCCCAUGGAUGAGAAAGACCUUGCUUUGCAUCUCAAACGCGAGGAGAGUUUAACUCCCACUAAGAAACCUCUUGCUUUGCAUAGCAGACUUGUAAAACAGAUUAACAUAUCCAAUGAUUCCGGAUCAGGGACAGGGUCGUCUAUAUCACUGAUGAAAAGCGGGUCAGAGAGUAGUUUAUCUGAGGAUAGUGCUGCUAAGAUACUAAAAGAGGGUAGUCCCAAAGAAUGGAGGUCUGAACAAGAAGACGAGAAGGAAACUUGUAGUGAUUCUGAAGAAGUGAAGGUACCCACUGCUCCUGUACGAAGGAGGAGGUCAAGGGUUCAUGGAGGGUUUAGAAAAAGUGAAGGUGGGGCCAGUGCGGACAAUAAUAGCCUGGAGGUUGAUGAUUCCAUCAAUAUGAGGACCAGUAAAUCGGAUACAAGUCUCACAGAUUCUUUUGUGAUGGUACCCGAUGCAAAGAAGAAGAUAAAUCCUUUAAAUUCACUAAGACCAGGGUUUAAAUGGCAGAGACAAUUAGUCUUCAGGAGUAAAUUAACCAUGCACACAGCUUAUGACAGGAAGGAUAAUGCUGAGCCAGCAUCCAUUACAGCCCUAGCUGUCUCAAAGGAGCAUCGUACAGUUUACGUUGGCGACGCCCGCGGACGAGUGUUUUCAUGGAGCGUGUGUGAUAUCCCCGGCCGAGCAGCCGAUCAUUGGCUAAAGGACGAAGGAGCCGAUUACUGCGCCAAUUGCAACGUCAAAUUCACAAUCUACGAGCGUAAACAUCACUGUCGCAAUUGUGGGCAGGUGUUUUGCAGUAAAUGCUCGCGCUUCGAGAGCGAAAUCUCUCGUCUGCGCAUACUCAAGCCAGUUAGGGUGUGUCAGAGUUGUUAUGCGCAGCUGCGACAUAACGAGAAGUAAACCGGUACAAAAUGGCGGCUAAUGAGUGGACAUUUUAGAUUUGAGUGUGUAAUACGUGUCUAUAUCGGUGCCAUUUAAAAAGCAAAAAAACGCAUUUAACCAAAACACCUCCACCCAGAUUCACUGUACAGUAGAAAUUGUGUAAAUACCUAACCUAUAUACCUGAGAUGAACAAGUUUAAACGGAAAUGAAGAGACAUAUUAGAACAAAUAGAGUAAUAUACUAAAAAAAAAAGUUUAAGAAUAUUUAUCUAAUGAUAAAAAGAAAUUACCUACAAAGAGAUUUUAUUAUUUUGCUAUUAAUUUGUGAUUAAUUAUUGUAAAAACUAUUUGUUUUGCGUCACAUGUGAUUAAAACCUGCUUUAUUGCUAUUAAUGUUAAGCAAAACAUGAAAAACUACAAAAAAAUCGUGUAUACUGAAUAUUAGUUUCUAUGUUUUAGCGAAAAAUGUAAGCAAUGUUGCACUAAAAACAUAACCUACAAAACUAAAUCAUGUCUAUUGUGUUGCAUAACGUUUAGAGGUUAUGUUACCGUAGUAUUCGUGCACCUCGUAGUAAAAAACACAACCGAAAGUCGUAAAAAAAUAAAGAUUGAAACGUAGUUGACAAUAUAACCGGCAAACCGGAAAUAAACGGGCACUUUUGUGCAAUAUUCGAUACCGCAAAAUAUUUUUCAAUGUAUGUGAUAACAAACAAACCAAGAAAAACAAAAUAAUACGUGUAUAUAAACAUCAUAUUAAUGAAUUUAUUUAUAUUAGAUUAAGAAAUGAGUAAAUAAAUAAAUAUUAGACCACCAUUAUUAUUCCGAGCAGAAAA